AGUCUAAAGCCAAUAGCUACUAAAUACUAUUAUUAUAGUCACCAAUAAGAUAGUGACUAUAAUAAUUAGCUUGCACCGCAAAUGUGUCAUCGGCUAUGUAUAGGUUAGUCAGAGAAGACUCACAGGCGAGUUACAUGGCGACAUCAGCAUUCCAAAAAUACUGGAAGUUGUGGCGAGCUCGGGCUGUGACUGUAAAAGAGAUCAAUGAGAUAAGAGGAGAGGAAUUCCUGUUUCAGUGAGUGCUUGUGGGUAACGAUGUUCUGGGUUGUUCAGAGGACUGAAUGUAUGUGACUGGUGAAGACACCGAAUAGAAGUUCUCGGUGAACCCGUUUCAAUGAAGAAACUUGACAUUUACAGCGACAAAAUACACGAGUCAUGCUUGCGGAGUUCAGGAGCUUGAGACAGACACGAUUUGGAACAGCGCGCCUAACCUGGGAUCUGGAUGAGUCCGUUUUAAGUGGGAGAUUCUGUCGGCAAUUCUUUAAUGUCGAAUAAUAUGCAGCGAAAACUGGCAAUAAAUUAUUAACCAAUUUAUACCGUCAAAACAAGGCUUGUUCAGCGGCGUUAUCAGUUUAUCGUUCAGCCAACCAGCAGCAAAAUAGCGAGCGCUGCCCUGCGGUGUUAAAGGGACACCGCAGGUAUUGACCAAGUUGUUGUCGUGACAUUUAAGGUUACCAUCACAUGCCAUUGUCGGACCCGGAUUGACUAAAUUGCCAUCAUGUCGUCCGGAGCGGAGAAGAGGCUGGACACCCGGCUGAAAAAGUUGGAAUCGCUGAUCAGAGACCCGAAGUCGGCGUUAAACUUGGAGAGUUUACUGGAUUCCAUGAAUGCCUUGGCCCUGGAUUUGGACUACCCGGCGCUACGGAAAAACAAAAACAUAGACGCCUUCUUAAACAGAUAUGAGAAGGCCAUGGUUAAGAUGCGGGACCUGCAGAUCAAACUGGAGGACUUUGACAAGGUCAAGAUGAUCGGCAGAGGAGCCUAUGGAGAGGUGCAACUGGUCCGUCACAAGGCGUCUCAGAAGGUGUACGCCAUGAAACAGCUGAGCAAGUUUGAGAUGAUCAAACGCUCUGACUCUGCCUUCUUCUGGGAGGAGAGAGACAUCAUGGCCUUCUCCAACAGCCCCUGGGUUGUCCAGCUGUGCUGUGCUUUCCAAGAUGACCUCCACCUCUACAUGGUGAUGGAGUAUAUGCCUGGUGGAGAUCUGGUCACCCUGACCAUGAACUACGACAUGCCAGAGAAGUGGGUCCGUUUCUACACUGCUGAGGUGGUGCUGGCGCUAGAUGCCAUCCACUCUAUGGGUUUCAUCCACCGCGAUGUGAAACCGGACAACAUACUACUGGACCAAAAUGGCCACCUCAAGCUGGCUGACUUUGGCACCUGCAUGAAGAUGGACUCUACGGGCAUGGUCCACUGUGACACAGCGGUGGGGACUCCGGACUACAUCUCCCCUGAGGUGCUUAAGUCCCAGGGGGGGGACGGCUACUACGGCCGCGAGUGUGACUGGUGGUCCGUGGGGGUGUUCAUCUUUGAGAUGCUGGUCGGCGACACCCCAUUUUAUGCUGAGUCACUAGUAGGAACAUACGGGAAGAUCAUGGAUCACAAGAAUAACCUCAACUUCCCUGAUAAUGUGCAGAUGUCCAAUGACACCAAGGACCUCAUCUGUGCCUUCCUGUCUGACAGGGAGGUGCGUCUGGGGAGGAACGGCGUGGAGGAGAUCAAGAGACACCCCUUCUUCACGAACGACCAGUGGACCUUCGACACCAUCCGAGAGACCGUGGCCCCAGUAGUGCCGGAGUUGAGCAGUGACAUAGACACCAGUAACUUUGACGAGAUUGAGGAUGAAAAAGGCGACGUGGAGACCUUUCCCACACCAAAGGCCUUUGUGGGCAACCAGCUGCCAUUUGUGGGUUUCACCUACUUCAAGGAAGACCAAUUGCUAAGCAGUGUGAAUACAGUGAUCUCUGUGGAGGAAUCUAAGGACUGUGUGGAUAACUGUAAGGAAAAACAGGACAGCAUCAAAGGAGAGUCAGAUCAGCUGCAGAAGAAGCUCCAUUGUCUUGAGGAGCAGCUCAACCAUGAGAUGCAGGCCAAAGACCACCUGGAAAACAAAUACAAGACUACCACUAGUCAUCUAGAGAAGCUGGUUAAAGAACUGGAGGAAGAGAUGAGCAGCAGGCAGAGAGUGGAGUCUUCUCUGAGGCAGCUGGAGAGAGAGAGGGCCCUGCUGCAGUACCAGAGUGCAGAGAAUCUCCGCAAAGUGGAGCUGGAGGCGGACAGGAAACGCUGCCUGGAGAACGACCUGAACAGCCUGCGGGACCAGCUGGACGAGCUGAAGAGGAGGAACCAGACCUCUCAGAUGUCCAGUGACAAGAACAUCCACCUGCAGAGACAGCUGGAUGAGGCGACAGCCGUGCUGGCGGAGGAGCAGGAGGCGGCGGGGCGUCUGCGGAGGAGCCAGGUGGAGGCCCAGAAGCAGGCCCAGGCCCUGGAGCUCAGCCUCAGGGAGCUGGUGGACAAGUGCACCCAGCUGGAGAACGCCAAGAUGGGCCUGGAGCAGCAGCUGAUGGGCCUUCAGGCCGACCUGGAGGCUGAGAGGAGGGACCGAUGUCUGGGGACAGAGAUUAUAGUUGACCUGCAGGGACAUAUCCAGGGUCUGGAAGAGGAGGUGAAGCAGGUGAAGGGUUCUCUCUCUGGAACACAGACCGAGAAGAGGCAGCUUCAGCAGAGACUCACUGACAUGGAGAAGGAGAAAAGCAACCAGGAGAUUGACCUGACGUUCAAGCUCAAGUCGUUGCAACAGAGUUUUGACAUAGAGGAGGCCGAGCACAAGGCCACCAAGACACGCCUUGCUGACAAGAACCAGGUCUAUAAGUCCAUUGAGGAGGCCAAGUCUGAGGCCCUGAAAGGGAUGGAGCGGACGCUGCAGGAGGAGCGGAGCUCCAAGCUGCAGUUGGAGUCCAGACUGCUGCAGCUUGAGAAGGAACACUCCAUGCUGGACUGUGACUACAAGCAGGCCCAGCACAAAGUGGAUGAGCUGAACACGCACAAGGACAAACUCGCCGAGGAGGUGAAGAACCUGAGCCUGGGCAUGGAGCAGGAGGAGCAGAAGCGCAGGCUGAGCCAGAACGACCUGAAGGCCCAGACCCAGCAGGUGACCGCCCUGCGCUCCUCAGAGAAGCAGCUGAAGCAGGAGCUCAACCACCUGCUAGACAUGAAGCAGAGCCUGGAGAAACAGAACCAUGAGCUACGCAGGGAGAGACAGGAGGCUGAAGGACAGCUGAAGGAGUUUAAGGACCAGCUGGAGGCAGAGCAGUAUUUCACGACCCUGUACAAGACCCAGAACCGGGAGCUGAAGGAGGAGUGUGAUGAGAGGAACAAGCUGUAUAAAGACAUUCAGCAGAGACUCGAGGAGUACCAGGAAGAAAGGGAUUCCCUGGCGGCCCAGCUGGAGGUGAGCCUGACCAAGGCGGACUCGGAGCAGCUGGCGCGCUCCAUCGCCGAAGAGCAGUACUCUGACCUAGAGAAGGAGAAGAUCAUGAAGGAACUGGAGGUGAAGGAUAUGACGGCCAGACACAGGCAGGAGCUAGGAGACAAGGAGGCUACCAUCGGCUCGCUGGAGGAGUCCAACCGCACCCUGACAGUGGACGUGGCCAACCUGGCCAAUGAGAAGGAGGAGCUCAAUAACCAACUGAAGGAGAUGCAGCAACAGCUGCAGAAGGCGAGAGAGGAGGAGAGACAGAUGAACUGUGUGAAGAUGUCCUUUGAGAAGCAGCUGCAGACGGAGAGAACACUCAAGAUUCAGGCGAUCAACAAGCUGGCCGAGAUUAUGAACCGCAGGGAGACGUUGCGAACGGGUCACAACCGCGACGACACGCUGGACGUGCGCAGGAAGGAGAAGGAGAACAGGAAGCUGCAGCUGGAGCUGAGGUCAGAGAAGGAGAAACUCAACUCUACCAUCAUCAAGUACCAGAAAGAGAUCAACGACAUGCAGGCGGUGAUAUCAGACGAGAGCCAGGUGCACAUUGAGCUGCAGAUGGCCUUGGACAGUAAGGACAGUGACAUCGAGCAGCUGCGCUGUCAGCUGACCUCUCUGAGCAUCACCUCCAUGGACUCCACUAGUUUCAGCAGUGGUAACGACCUGGACAUGGACGACAGCGGUUACCCAGUGCACAUCACUCACUCCCAGACCUCUGAGUCCAUGUCCUUCCACUACCAGCGCACGCAGAAAUCUGUCAGCGUUGCCACCCGGCCCUCCUUCAGAGUAUCUCACCCUCUCUUUGAGGAUGAGGAGGAGGAGGAGGAGUAUGAAGGAAAUGAUGGGUGGUUAGAACAUGGCCGCCAACCUUUGGCCCUCACCUAUGAGCAGCCACCCCCAGAGCCUGACCGCAGUGGUGCAGAUACCAGGCUGGAGGGCUGGCUGUCACUUCCUGCCAAGAAUACCAAGAGGUUUGGAUGGGAUAGAAAGUAUGUGGUAGUGAGCAGUAAGAAGAUUCUGUUCUACAACAGUGAGAUGGACCGAGAGCAGUCCAACCCCUUCAUGAUCCUAGACAUCAAUAAGCUGUUCCACAUCCGACCGGUCACUCAGACAGACGUGUACCGCGCUGACGUCAAAGAAAUCCCCCGGAUAUUCCAGAUUCUGUACGCCAACGAGGGCGAGAGCAAGCGGGAGCAAGAGUUUGUGGCGGAGCCCCUAACGCUGACAGGCGAGCGCUCGUCCUUCGUCAGGCACAAGGGUCACGAGUUCAUCCCCACGUUCUACCACCUGCCGUCGAGCUGCGAGGCAUGCACGCGACCCCUGUGGAACGUGUUCAAGCCGCCGCCCGCGCUGGAGUGCCGCCGCUGCCACACCAAGUGCCACAAGGACCACCUAGACCGGAAGGAGGAGGUCAUCGCCCCCUGCAGGGUAAACUAUGACAUGUCCACGGCCAAAGACCUGCUCCUAUUGGCCGGCUCUCAGACAGAGCAGAAGAGAUGGGUCAGCCAGCUAAUCAAACGCAUCCCCCGGAAACACCCCACCCCUAGCCCCGCCCCCACUGCAGCCUCCGCUGCCCGCCCCGAGCCACCCUCUCGCUCCUCCCCAGAAACCUCCCCACAAGCCUCCCCCCGCAACACCCCACAACGCUCCCCCCCCCGCAACUCCCCUAGCCUUUCCUACCGCGGAGCCAUCAAGGUCCAGCCCAGCCGCCAGAAGACUCAGCUCGAAGGGAAGCCCAGAUUGCUUGUUGAUUUUGAAAGCCUGAAGGACUGGAGUUGGUCGUUGGAGGAUGUCAAUGAUGAUGAUGAUGAUGAUGAUGAUGAUGAUAUGUUCGGCUUCUGAGGAAUUUACCUCUAUGAUACAAAGAUGUGCUGAAUCCUCUCACAUCAUGUGGACUGGAGCCUGAACACAGUGGAACCUAUACAUCUACUUUGCCUUUUCAGAGACAAAGGCAGUGUCUCAAAUGGGGCCCUAUUCCCUAUAUAGUGCACAACUUUUGACCAGGGUCCAUAUGGUUCUGGUCAGAAGUAGUUGCACUAUAUAGGGAGUAAGGUGCCAUUUUGGAUUCAACCAAAGACUGCAAAACGCCAGAUAUUUUAGGGAAAGAGGGUCAGGUUAACGUUGCAUUCAUGUAAGGACUGCAGUCGGACUUGCAUAUGUCUCAGUAAACCAAAUGGUUUCACCUUCUGCCUUCUACAGUAUAGCCUGGUCCUAGAUCCGUUUGUGCCGUCUUGCCAACUCCGUUGCUGUGCUGUUGUCAUGCCAAUGGCAAGACGGCACAAACCGAUCUGGCACCAGGCUUCAUACACUAUGCAUGUCAUGGCAAAUUCCAUGAUUUCAUGGAUCGAGAAAUGAAAUACUUUGCAGGUCGCUCUAAAACUGCCUUAUUUUAUAAAUGUCAUGAUGAAAUACAUACAGACCUAGCCAUAGAUUUGCCUGUGUCUUUACAUGCCUGGGUGAUCCUCAUAAGCUAUAUAAUUAGAUGGGUCUGUAUUAGGUGUGUGUAUGUGUGUAUAUAUAGGAAUACGUGUUCUGUCAGUGUAUUAUUGCCACAAAGAUACAGUACCAGUCAACAGUUUGGACACCUACUAAUUCAAGGGUUUUAAUUUAUUUGUACUAUUUUCUACAUUGUAGAAUAAUAGUGAAGACAUCAAAACUAUCAAAUAAAACAUGGAAUCAUGUAGUAACCAAAAAAGUGUCCAAAAAAAUCUAAAUAUAUUUUAUAUUUAAGACUCUUUAAAGUAGCCACUUUUUGCCUUGAUGACAGCUUUGCACACUCUUGGGCAUUCUCUCAACCAGUUUCACCUGGAAUGCUUUUCCAACAGUCUUGAAGGAGUUCCCACAUGCUGAGCAUUUUUACGGUCCAACUCAUCCCAAACCAUCUCAAUUGGGUUGAGGUCAGGUGAUUGUGGAACCCAGGUCAUCUGACGCAGCACUCCAUCACUCUCCUUCUUGGUCAAAUAGAACUUACACAACCUGGAGGUGUAAGAAUGAUAAUGUAAAAAUGAUAAUCCCACUAAGUGCAAACCGGAUGGGAUGGCGUAUCACUGCAGAAUGCUGUGGUAGCCAUGCUGGUUAAGUGUGCCUUGAAUUCUAAAUAAGUCACUGACAGUGUCACCAGUAAAGCACCAUCACACAACCUCCUCCAAGCUUCAUGGUGGGAACCACACAUGCGGAGAUCGCAAAAUUUGGACUUAUCAGACCAAAGGACCGAUUUCCACCGGUUAAUGUCCAUUGCUCGUGUUUCUUGGCCCAAGCAAGUUUAUUUUUCUUAUUGGUGUCCUUUAGUAGUGGUUUCUUUGCAACAAUUCAACCAUGAAGGCCUGCUUCAUGUAGUCUCCUCUGAACAGUUGAUGUUGAGAUGUCUGUUACUUGAACUCUGAAGCAUUUUUUGGGGCUGCAAUAUCUGAGGCUGGUAACUCUAAAGAACUUAUCCUCUGCAGCAGAGGUAACUCUGGGUCUUCCUUUCCUGUGGCGGUCCUCAUGAGAGCCAGUUUCAUCAUUGCGCUUGAUGGUUUUUGCGACUGCACUUGAAGAUUCUUUCAAAGUUCUUGAAAUGUUCUGCAUUGACUGACCUUCAUGUCUUAAAGUAAUGAUGGACUGCUGUUUCUCUUUGCUUAUUUGAGCUGUUCUUGCCAUAAUAUAGACUUGGUCUUUCACUAAAUAGGGCUAUCUUUUGUAUACCUUGUCACAGCACAACUGAUUGGCUCAGAAGGAAAGAAAUUCCACAAAUUAACUUUUAACAAGGCACAUCUGUUAAUUGAAAUGCAUUCCAGGUGACUACGUCAUGAAGCUGGUUGAGAGACUGCCAAGUGUGCAAAGCUGUCAUCAAGGCAAAGGGUGGCUACUUUGAAGAAUCUCAAAUAUAAAAUAUAUUUUCAUUUGUUUAACACUUUCUUGGUUACUACAUGAUUCCAUGUGUCAUUUCAUAGUUUUGAUGUCUUCACUAUUAUUCUACAAUGUAUGAAAAAAGUUUUAAUAAAUUAAAACCCUUGAAUUAGUAGGUGUGUCCAAACUUUUGACUGGUACCGUAUGUGAUAGUUUUAUUUUUACGAAAACUAAAUAUUUCACUGCACAUAUUUUUCCCUGUAAUGUUACAAGAUAGGCUAUGUAUAAAAAAUAUAAUUUAAAGUGUGAAAUCUGAGUUUAGUCUACAAUUGAUACUUAGAUGAGUGUAUUACUUCAUUCAAAUCAUGUUACAUUAUCAGAGUAAAGUGUUUGUAGCCUAGUCCCAGCUCUGUUUGUGCUGUCUUGUCAACAACACCAACCAAAGGGGCAAAACGGCACAAAUGGAUCUGGAAACAAGCUAAAGUGUUUGUCUUUAUGACCGAAUAAGGUGAACCAUGAAGUACAAUAUGGGAAUAUUCUUCCACAGUCGCCCCAAUGGACGCUGAUCCUGGGUCAGUUUUGUAUUUACCCCACUAAUAGUUACGGUUAGGAUUGGGGGAGGGGAAGCUAUUCCUAGAUCUGUACCUAGAGAAGACUUCACCCCCGGAGUUUCUCGUCAUCAGUUUUCAGGCUUCAGUAAACAAUGCUGACCAUCAGACAGAACUGGAACAAUAUAUUCAAUUUAUGUUCUAUAUCACUGCCCGUCUACUACAUGGCUUGUUGGAAAAAAAUCAGAAUAAAUACUGUACUCGAUAA